AGGUCAGGAAUGAGAGACGAAGAAGAAGGACAGGAGAAUAUAGAGAGCCAGUGACUGGCCGCUUACUUCAGAAAAAUCAUGUCUCCUGUUUGGCUUAGAAGAAUAUGUUUGGUCCUGCUGCUGUGCAGGAUUGUGGCAUCGAGAACCCGUGGCAGAUCUAGUCGAAGGAAACGAGAGUGGAUUCUUCCACCAACAAGACUGUUUGAGAAUGUUGACUACAGGAAAGAGGAGCAUGUGGCAAAAAUCCGAUCUGAUAAAGAUCUUCACAGACAGAUGGUGGAAUAUGGACUGUCAGGUCAUGGUGCUGACAAGGCACCCUAUAAUUUGUUUGUUAUCAAUCCUGAGACGGGCUUUGUUAAAAUUACUGGCUUGCUAGACAGAGAGAAAACAGCCUUAUACAAUCUGACUGGAAUAGCAAGAUACCACAAUGGAUCAAUCGCAGAGGAAAAAAUUGAUCUGAAGAUUAAAGUUGAUGAUCAGAAUGAUAACCCACCAAAAUUCAGAUUACAAAACGGAGCUGUGAAGGAAAGCAGCAAGAUCGGAACACCUGUCAUACAGAUAAAAGCUACUGACGCAGACGAGGAAGGCACUAUCAAUUCCAAAAUAGCAUACAGUAUAGUAAAACAAACACCAAUGGAAUCUGGGCAUAUGUUCUCCAUAGAUAGAGAUACUGGGAUGGUCUAUGUAAAGGAAAAAACCCUGGAUCGAGAGAGACAUGACACAUAUACUUUAAUAGUUCAGGGGGUUGAUAUGAAUGGAGCCCCAUCUGGAAACACAGGGACAGGCACAGUUCAAAUUCACAUUUUGGACAUAAAUGACAAUGUCCCCAGUCUUGAGAAGGAGGAGUAUUCAGGCAGUGUUGAUGAAGGUGUGGUUGAUGUGGUCGUGAUGAGAAUAAAAGCGCAAGAUAAGGACCUGGAAUUCACUGAUAACUGGCUGGCGGUUUUUAAUAUUCAAAAAGGAAAUGAAGAUGGUCUCUUCACCAUUGAAACUGACCCGAAAAGGAAUGAAGGAAUUCUAAAACUUGUCAAGCCUGUUGAUUUUGAAAAGGUAAAAGCAUUGGACCUCAGCUUGGUUAUAUCAAAUGUAGCUCCUUUUAUAAAUCAAAGUUCUUUGGAACUAGAUGUUGGUCUGGACAAUGAUGGACUAGGGGCUGGAGCAGGUAUAGGGGCAGGGGCUGGGGCUGGGGUUGGACUUGGGGCAGGGGUGGGGGUUGGGGUAGGGUUAGGUGUGGGAGUAGGUUUAGGAGUUGGAGUGGAUCUUGGAGUGGAUGCUGGAUUGGAUUUGGGUGCUGGAUUGGAUCUGGGCGCUGGAGUGGAUCUGGGCGCUGGAGUGGAUCUGGGUGCUGGAGUAGAUCUGGGAGCUGGAGUGUAUUUGGAUGCUGGAAUGGAUGUUGGACUAGAUGCAGGUGGUGGGGCUAAACCUGAUAUUGGGCUUAAACCAAACCCUGAAACUAAACCUGGAACCAAGCCUGGCCCCUCACCUGGUGUCAAACCUGGGACAAAACCAGGAACAAAACCUGGCUCCAAACCUUCUGGAUCUGACCCAGAUAAAAAACAAAGUGGGAAAGGUUACCCAGUAAGGAUCAGUGUUAACAACUUACCUGAUGGUCCUAUCUUCUCACCUUCUGUGAAAGACUUCCCUGUGUCAGAGGAUCCUGAUAAUGCAGAAAUUCCCAAAGUGCUUGGCACAUUUGCUGCUUUGGAUGGUGAUACUGGAGAACCAGCUGAAAAUGUAAGGUAUGCUAAAGGUCAUGACCCUGAUAACUGGAUUACCAUCGAUGAGGAGAAAGCAGAGAUUAAACUGGCAAAGGUUCCUGAUAGAGAAUCGAAGUUUCUGGUCAAUGGAACUUACAUUGCAAAGAUUAUCUGCAUGACUCAAGAUGUGCCAGUUAAGACAGCUACUGGGACAUUAGCAUUGAAUGUGGAGGAUUCCAAUGACCACUGCCCCACACUGACCAGCACCUAUCAACAAGUCUGUGAUGAUACUAAAGUGGUGAAUGUCACAGCUUUCGAUGAGGAUGUUCAUCCUAAUGGCGCCCCAUACCAGUUUGUAUUAAUAGAGGAGGAAACUAUGGGAAAAUGGGAGCUGGUACCUAUAAAUGGAACAUCAGUGAGUUUUCAUACACAGGAGUCUCUGUGGCCAGGCAUCUAUGAGCUGUCAGUGAAAAUAUCUGAUGUUCAGGGUCUGACCUGUACAGAUAACCAAAAGCUGGAAGUAGAAGUUUGCAGCUGUAGGAAACAUGGCUCCUGUGGGCCAAGGCUAGCAGCUCAGCAUGGCUCUCCAUUCAAAAUCAGAGCACCAGCUCUUGGAUUAUUCCUCAUAGGCCCAUGUUUACUCCUGAUGAUACCAUUACUCCUGAUCUUCUGCCGGUGUGGGACAGUGGUCGAGUUCACAGAUUUACCCUUUGGCGCUAAAGAAUAUCUCAUCCCAUAUCACACUGAAGGAAAGGGGGAGAACAAGGAGGUUCCUCUUCUCAGCAGUCCGCUUCCUACAACAGAUCAAAACAACAGACUACUGUUGCUGAAUGGCAAGGAUUCCAACAACGUAUGCUCGAUGCCUGCUUAUGCAAUUGAUGCAAAUGACAGUAGAACAUUCAACCAGGAUAUACUUGGAGGGUUUUCAGAAACUGACAGCAGGCUUUGGUACCGGCAAAACACCCUUGUAGCCAACCAGCGCAGCAAUUACUACUUAUCAUCCCUAAGGAAUGAAAAGAAUGACAUUUAUGAAGAUAUGGCACUGGCUGAUGAGUUUCUGAAUGAAUACUACUCUCAGAAAGCAAGUUGUGCCGCAGACAACCCUCCUCUGAAAGAUGGUCCUCUGGUGUAUGAGUAUGAGGGUCGAGGAACCCCUGCUGGCUCUUUUAGCUGCUGCAGCCUCGAGUCAGAUGAAGACCUGGAGUUCCUGAACAACUUGGGUUCAAAGUUCCUUACAUUAGCAGAGAUAUGCCAUCCUCUAAAACCUUGCUCACCACAUCCCAAAAUUGAGCAAAAUGUCAAAUUAGUUGAAACUAGCUUGAAAAGUGAGAGCCCUGUCACAACUAGCACUCUCCAGGUUACCAAAACCUCUCCACUUCCACAACAGGUACAGCAAAGCUCCAUUACCGAAGUUAAGGAGACAGUCCACAAAUCAGCCACCCUUCCAAGUGCCAAAGCAAGUCAGACCGUUAUUGGGCAUCAGCAGCCUGUAUUCUAUCUGAUGGAGAAGCAACAACCAAGAACGGUUCUUCUAGCUGAAAGUCCCACACAGGGUUUAUACAUAAUAAAUGGAAACCCAGGAACGGAAGGUUUGGUACUCCAAGGCAAAAACAUUUCACAGGCAACUCUGAGCAGAGGACAGCAGGCAAUGUAUGUGAUCGAUGGAACCCUUGUAUCUCCUAAGCAGCUAGUACAGGUGAAAACAGCAGAGCAGGGACAGGAAUCUGAGCUAGGAUUUAGCCCUGUCUCAUCUCCCAUCGGAGUGACUAGGGGUGUAGUGUUAAUGCAGACCCAGAUGAGCACAUAGAAAUCAUGCAAGGGGAGGUCAGUGGACUAAAAAGGGUGCUUCAUGACCCUACAGAACUGGGAAAAAAAUAUAAAAAGACACCACCAUCUGAGGCAAUGGUUACUAAGGUAGAGUAGACUGAUCUAAAAGCAAACAAAAAUGGUAUCAUCUAAACUAGUAUCAGUAGAUUAGUAGGGCCCAAAAUGAACCUUUUGCCUCAUCUGCCAAUGAUGAAUGGUGAAUUAUUCACUUUAAAUAUUCCUUACUGGCCAUGAAACAGUGACUACGUUUAAAUGGACACCAGAAAGCAGCUUAUUGCGAGAAAGUAGCAUAUACAUUGGUGUGUAUAUAUGGGUAUAGUUUAUAGUGUAUUUUCUUUUCCCACUGGACUCCCAGAAAGGUUCAAUUCUUUCCACUUUGUUGACUUUGGCGCCAUUCUAUGAGGUUUGUUAUCCGGUCUGUUCACACACAUGCGCACUCCUCAAAAACCUGUUAGAACGCUGCCUAUGUGUUUACAUGACCACAUAAGUCACAAUUUCUGGGAGAAACCUGGGUGUGUUAAACUCCCUUAUAUAGCUAAAGAAGUCGUCGUUUUUUUAUACAUGCUCUUUCAAAAAAAGAACCAUUGUGAAUAUAAUUUAGUUUUGGUGGCUUAUCUCUAGGAAUUUGUCACCACAUGGAGUUACGACAAUACAAGAAAAUUAGUGUCCUAGCUAAUCUUUUGAUGAUACAUUUUCUGCUAUGGUAAAAGUUGUUAUAUAAUAUGCAACAGUUACUGACAUUAACUUGUUUAUAUCUCUUUGAUUUAAUAUGCUCAUGUUGCUAAUAUCAGAGAGUUUGAGAGGCCAUUCACACUGAAUGUGUCCUUGAGCUAAAUAAGCUAUAUUAUGUUGCAAUUCCUAAAAAGGCAUGUUUUUAUUUACUCACCAAAGCCAAUUUAUUCUUACUUGAUGCUUGGCAAGUUAAUUUUGGACCCUGUCUAUACAGCUUGUUGAAAUGGAUAGAUCUAAAACAUCUGCAUAUAUUUUAGCAAAGUAAAUGGCCAUGUCUAAAAAAGUAGUUAGCUGUCUACAAAGGCAUCUUUUUAUGGUGUCAUAGGUGUGCUCUUGAUAUUUCAGUUUAAAAAGCACCUUCUAAGAUAUCGUUUAGCUACGAUGGAUUGCGACAAGCUUAGCGAAAACAAAAACAAGAAGUUGGAUGGAGCAGAGGGAAAUAUUGACUAUAAAUUACUUAAAAGUAUAUUUUUGUUCAUUGCAGAAAAGCAUCAUUAAGAAAUAGUUCCAUCAAAUAAAACAUUUAUUAUUUCAUCUAAUAUAUGAAUGUAUUGCAUUUGCGAUUAUUAUUUUGUGCUUGUUUGCCUUUUUACAUGCGACCGACAGAAUGAUCAUUUAGUUCACAUGAGGAGCACAAUUUGCUUUUGCUGUCUAUGAAAAGUACUUCAAAUUAGUCUCUUCUGAGGUUCCAUUUCAGCCCAUGUAAGCAUUAGACAGCGAGCCAGCUCACUGAACAGACAGAUAUAGAGGGCAUAAAGACAGAAUCAGGAGGUGACCUCUUUCAACAGUAGAGCAAAUGCUUGAAUCAAAACAGCAAAACUUGAAAACCCAGGUGCUUUAUCUAUUGCAGCUACUGCUUGUUUGAAUCCAACUAAUGUUUUGACCCGAUUCUGUCCCCCUCUCCUUCUCACCAUUGUUUUGGAUCAUCUUUACACUUUUGCUGGCCAAGCAAAGGCCCACACAAGCUAUAUUAAAAACAAUAAUAAAAAAAAUAUAAUCUAAAUUCUUUAAAUAUUAUUCAAUUUUUUUUUCUCAAUUUCUAUUUUUUUUUUUUAAUUCUUAUUAACUUUAAAUUUUAACUUUUGACACUUGCAAGCAAUUUUACUAAUACUGACAAUUAUGACAAUUAUCUAGUGAUAUCUUUUGCCUGUAUUCAUGGGAUUUCUAAU